ACGCUGGUGAGGUCUGGCGGGCACGCGGACGCCGCCACCCCCGCUGCCAGGGGGCGCCCGCGAGAUCCCGGCGGGAGCGCGCUCCACGUGGGCCGGAAACGCGCUGGGCGCCGGCGUCGCGGCGAAGCUCUGUGAGACGCAGUAUGUUGCCCUGGUCCCCUUGGCGGUGCGGCGCCGGGGAGGAGCAGGCGCCCGAGGAACAAGACUCCUCGAUCAGCAGUGACUCCUGUAAGGCCUGGCCCUCUGGAGAGGGAGCCGUGGGGGAGCCAGGAACGCCCCCACAGGCCAGCCCGCAGUCCCUGUCCCCGAGGCCUUCCCGGACUUGGAGAGAGCAGCUGUCGCCCCAGCCUCGCUCAGGCCUGGCUGCCCAGCAGGCCCCGGGAACUUCAGUUCCCCUUCCCCCGCCGAGGCCCUGGGAGGUGGCCCCCCCAAGGAUGACCACCUUGUUAGCUCCAUGGGACCCCAACUAUGAGGCUAAAGUAGGACCUCGGCUGGAGUGGGGGCCCAGCUGGGGGUCUGGCACCUCCUUCUCAAGCCGGACCUUGUGUCAUCCCUCAUUCUGGCCAUUGUAUGGGGCAGCUGCUGGCAGGGGCCUGAGGCCCCAGGCCUCAGCAACAGGACAUCAGAAUGGAGAGCAGGCGAAUAGGGGUGCAGGGUUCCCAGUGAUGUGCAGUGAAGUCUUUCUUUCAGACCCGUUGCUGCCCUGUGGGCAGCAUGUUCCCCUGUACCUGUCUGAAGACCCUGAGCAGGUUCAUCGAACCCCUUACCCUGGAUGCUCCACUGCCUGGCUCAGUGGGCCUGAGCUGAUCGCUCUCACUGGCCUCCUGCAGAUGAGCCGGGGGGAGCCAAGACUCAGCUCCCUGGGGGCUCCUGCAACUCCUGCUGGUGCCCCAGACCCUGUCUCUGACCAGCCAAGCCCCAGUGGUGGCCAGAGCUGCCCUUACUGCGCUUAUCCAUCUCUCCCACAGACCCCAGACACCCAUUAUCCAUAGCCCCUCUGGGGGCAGAUUGUGUCCUUUACUUUCCCAAACAGGUUCUACUGACAAUAAAACAGUGUUGGUUUGCA